AUGAAGGGCUCAACUCUGCUCGCCAUCCUCCCCUUGGCCAUGGCCGCCCCGGCUAAGCGCUCCUUCCCGGCUCCAGUCCUUGUUCCCCGCGGUGCUGAGCUCAUCGAGGGCAAGUACAUCAUCAAGAUGAAGGCCAAGGCUGAAGUUUCCGCCGUAUCUUCUGCCAUCUCUUCCAUUGCCGCCGAAGCCGACUACACAUACAAUGACUGGAACGGAUUCGUUGCCACCCUUACCCCUGAGGAACUCCAGAAGCUCACCGACGACCCCAAUGUCGACUUUAUUGAACAGGAUGCCAUCAUGACCAUGUAUGCCACGCAGCCAAAUGCCGACUGGGGAUUGGCUCGGCUCUCAAGCAAGACGCCUGGCACCACGACGUAUACCUACGAUGAUAGCGCUGGCGAGGGUACUUGCGCCUUCAUCAUCGACACUGGUAUCGAGGCAGGCCACCCUGAGUUUGAGGGCCGCGCCGAGUUCCUCAAGAACUUCGCCAACGACGGUCAGGACACCGACGGCAACGGUCACGGUACUCACGUCGCUGGAACCAUUGGCUCCAAGACGUAUGGCGUGGCUAAGAAGACGAAGCUCUUCGGAGUAAAGGUGCUUGACGCCCAGGGCAGCGGCUCCAACUCCUUUGUCCUUGCUGGUAUGGAAUACGUUACCCAAAAUGCCAAGACCAAGACGUGUCCCAAGGGUGUCGUUGUCAACAUGUCCCUCGGUGGCACGAAGUCUGAAGCCGUCAACGACGCCGCUCGAAAAAUCACUGAGGCCGGCCUCUUCCUUGCUGUCGCUGCCGGUAACGACGGAAAGGACGCCAGUGGCUACUCGCCUGCCUCGGAGUCGUCGGCCUGCACUGUUGGUGCCACUACCAAGGAUGAUAAGCUCGCCACGUACUCUAACAUUGGCUCCGUCGUUGACGUCAUUGCCCCGGGCUCCGAGAUCAAGUCGACGUGGAUUAACGGCGGGGAAAACACCAUCUCCGGUACGUCCAUGGCUUCGCCCCAUGUUGCCGGCAUCGGAGCCUACUUCCUGGGCAAGGGCAAAUCGAUCCAGGGCCUCUGCGAUUUCAUCAAGGGACAGGGCGUCGAGAUCCAGGGUGUUAAAGGCGGCAUUACCAACGUCUUGAUCAACAACGGCGAGGGAAGUAAUUCCACCACUCCCAUUCGCUUCUAA